AUGACCUCCCGAGCGAUGGAAAGUACCCCAACUCUAGUUGUCGCCAAUGACAGCAAGAGAAGCACUGCUAUUCAGGAUGAUACCAUCUCAGAGAAGACCCUUACGCUAGCUAUUGUUUCCUUGAAUGUCCCUGGAACAACUACAAAUCCAUCUCCUCUACAGAACCAGGAUGCCCACCGAGAUUCUACCCUUUCGUUAGGACAUUCGUCAACACAACCGAAAGAAUUUGAGGACGGCCCUUCAUCGAAAACUCGUGGAUGGCGCUUUUAUGGAGCCUUUGGCACGUUGUGCCUGGUUACUUUCAUCAUUGCUCUUGACUCGACCAUUAUCUGUGUUGCAUUACCAACUAUCGCAGAAGACCUCGGAGCCUCGGCUAUUGAAGCCUUCUGGUGUGGCACCAGUUUUCUCCUUGCUUCAACUGUCAUCCAACCUCCUGUCGCUUCUCUAUCUCACAUCUUCGGUCGUCGGCCGACUCUCCUUGCCUCGGUGACCAUCUUCGCGGGCGGCAGUAUAAUGGCCGCCCUCGCAAAGAACAUCGCAGUUCUGCUUGGAGGUCGAACACUUCAAGGUCUUGGCUCUGGUGGGAUUCUUGCUCUGACAUAUGUCAUCGCGACAGAUCUUGUGAGUCUCAGAGAACGAGGGAAAUGGUUCGGUCUCAUCUCUCUCAACUGGGCUAUUGGUAGCAUCCUUGGCCCCUUGAUUGGUGGCGCUCUUGUUGAAGUGUCAUGGCCUUGGCUGUUCUGGAUCAACCUACCAUUCUGUGGUGUCGCCUACAUUCUAAUUCCUAUUACCAUGCGUAUCAAGAGAAAGGAGGAUGCAUCAGUCAACACCAAAAUCAAGGAGUUUGACUGGUUUGGCACUAUCGUCUUUGUUGGAUCUCUAACAAGCUUCUUGAUCCCUCUCAGUUGGGGUGGUAUCAUGUAUGAAUGGAGCAGUCCCAGAACUGUUACUCCACUCGUCUUUGGCAUCAUUGGCCUCAUCGCCUUUGGUAUACAUAUCAAGUUCUGUAGAAGAUAUUCUCGAUGCGAUCCCCUUCUCCGACCCAGUCUGUUCACCUCCCUUACGGCCCUCUCCGCUUACUUCGCCACCAUCAUUCAUGGUAUCAUCGUAUGGUGUUUAGUCUACUAUGUCCCCUUAUACCAUGAAAUCAGGGGCUCGUCGCCGAUCUCUGCAGGCGUCGCUAUCCUGCCAUUCACCGGUACAGUCGCACCAGCUGCUGUCGUGGUCGGUCUUUUGAUUGCCAAGACAGGCACUUAUAGACCUUUCAUCUGGGCUGGAUGGGUUCUUGUACCCUUAGGUAUGGGUCUGAUGAUGCUCCUUGAUCAAGACACAAAAGCCUUCCGCUGGGUUCUCAUCUAUCUUACCGGAGGACUGGGCUUAGGCAUUCUCUACUCGGCCCAAGCCUUUGCUGCUCAGGCCGCUGCCUCCAACUCCGACUUGCCAUUUGCCGCCAGCCUGUAUGCCUUUUGUCGCUCUCUCGGUCAAGGCAUUGGAGUCGCUGUUGGCGGGGUCACAUUCCAAAAUGAGUUCCACAAGCAAAUCGAGAAGAGUGCAGAUUUCUCCUCCAAGGCCGAUGAAUGGGCCAAAGAUGCAUCCGCGCUGGUUCAGAUCAUCAAGAAGUCUCCUGAUAGUAUGCAGUUGAUGAAAGAUACCAUCGUUGAUGGUUACAUCAUGGGUCUACGAACAGUCUGGAUGGUUUUGACCCUGGUGGCUUGUGUUGCACUCGUGGUGUCACUUGCAUGUGUCAAGGCAAAGAGCCUGGAUCGUAAGUUUGAGACUGAGCACGCAUUGGACCAUGGCGGCAAGUCGACGCCAGAGAUAGACGUCUGA